AUGUUGGAUCAAGGUGAAUUGCAGAUUGAGCGCUGCGUCAAAGGCACGAAAGAGAAAGAAAUAGUUGUGGUUGACAUUCUGUACGACAUAGUUAACGUAGAAAUCCCUAUAACCCUGUUGGUGAUAGAAUUUACAGCACCCUUCGCAUACGAGGAUGAAAAAGCAGUGUCGUGGAUAUAUCAGCCCAGAGAUUUUAAGCAGGGGCAGGGAGACCAACCUUUGGUUAUCAAUGAACCAAAUGUCACCUUAAUCAUAGGACCAUCUAGAAUGACGCGCAAUGGCCGAAUGUUUGCACCGAGGACCGUUGAUACUUCUGCCAAGGCUAAAGGGAAGGAAGUUGCUACUCAUGUCCAAAUCUCUGUCCUGAAUCUUGAAAUGCAAGAAAUGCAUCUAUCUCUUAAGGCUGCAGUCACCCACGAUGAGGUAGAGGAAUUUCUGAGGAUAAUAAAGAAGAGUGAUUACAAAGUAGUGGACCAAUUGAAUCAAACACCUUCAAAAAUCUCCAUGUUUUCCUUACUACUCAGCUCAGAAGCACAUAAAGACUCAUUGAUGAAGGUGCUUAGCGUUGUGGAUAUCACAAAGGACAUAACAAUGGAGCAGUUUGAUGAUUUGAUAGCUUGUGUGACCACUGGAAAUUUCUUGGGGUUUAAUGAUGAUGAACUGCCGGUCGAAGGGAAAAAUCAUAACAAAGCUCGGCAUAUCUCCUUAAGAUGCAUAGACACCAUAUUGUCAAGAGUGUUAGUAGACACGGGUUCCUCGUUGAAUGUUAUGCUAAAAACCACUUUGGUGAAACUACUAUUGGAAGGAAUGAACAUCAAACCCAGCACUCUGAUAGUAAAAGUGUUUGAUGGCUCAAGACGAGCAGUAAUAGGGGAGGUUGACUUACCAAUUAAGAUUGGCCCGACUAUCUUCACUAUUACAUUCCAAGUCAUGGACAUACACCCUAGAUAUAGUUGUUUACUUGGAAGACCAUGGAUUUACUUUGCGGGCGCAGUAACUUCCACCCUACACCAAAAGCUAAAAUUUUUCACAAAUGACAAGAGGAUUGUGAUCAGAGGUGAAGAGGAUAUCUUGGAAGUGGUGAAUGUAAUGACCGUCCAACAGACAUCUGAGUCACCAAAAUCAAAACCAUCAAUGGCCUCGUGGCAAGGAGCUAAGGCUACUAUAGAAAAUGGGAAUGCUCAAGGCUAG